GGAGCCGCGGCCCGGUCGCUAAGUGACACCCCGUCCCACCUACGGGAGCGCGCCCACGCGGUGACGUCACACGCAGCGGGGUCACCUCCGCGUUUAGGCCCGCCCCUCUGCGCCUUCCGGAAUCCCCCUUGUUUUUUCGUCUCUAGUCCGGGGAGCCGGAGGUCUGGGGAGACAGAAGGCCGGCAACAACGAGUACCAACGGCGGGUCGUCGCGGACCCCUCUCCUUCCCCCAAGAUGGCUCAUUUCUCCUGUGAAGACGAGGCCAGGCUGCAGGCGAUGCUGAAGCAGUUAUUCCAGAGCCUGAAGGAGAAAAUCACGGGUGCGCCCUCCCUGGAGUGCGCCGAGGAGAUCCUCUUACACCUGGAGGAAACUGAUGAGAAUUUCCACAACUAUGAAUUUGUGAAAUACCUUCGACAGCAUAUAUGCAGCACCUUGGGGUCUAUGAUUGAAGAAGAAAUGGAAAAAUGGACAGCUGAUCAAAAACAAGGUGAAGAGUCUGGCUAUGACACAAUUGUACAGCACGUUACUAAAAGGACUCAGGAAUCUAAAGAGUACAAAGAAAUGAUGCAUUCCUUAAAAAAUGUCAUGAUGGUUGUAGUGGAAUCUAUGAUUAACAAGUUUGAAGAAGAUGAUGUAAGAGGUCAGGAGAGACGGAGAAGAAUCCAGGAGGAGGAAAGCAACAGUUACUGCACAGACAAUUGUUCUGAUAGUGAUUCAUCAUUCAAUCAGAGUUACAAAUUUUGUCAAGGAAAAUUACAAUUGAUUUUAGAACAGUUGGAGCCUGGGCAACCUAAAGAGGUGAGAUAUGAAGCCCUGCAAAUAUUAUGUUCAACUCCUCCAUCUGAUGUACUGAACUGUGAAAAUUGGACCACUCUCUGUGAAAAACUGACAAUGUCUCUCUCAGAUCCUGAUCCUGUGUUUAGUGAUCGAAUUUUGAAAUUCUAUGCACAGACAUUUACACUUUCACCACUACAUAUAACAAAGGAAAUUUAUACAAGCCUAGCUAAAUAUUUGGAGUUACAUUUUCUUUCUAGAGAAAGUCAUAUUCCUGCUCUUUCAACUGGCAUAGACAUAAAUAACCCUCAUGUAUAUUGUUUACUUAAAAAGGUUCGUCUUCUAAAUGAGUAUCAGAAGGAAGUUCCAUCUUUCUGGAUUCGUCACCCUGAGAAGUAUAUGGAAGAAAUUGUGGAGAGUACUUUGUCUUUGCUAUCCAUUAAAUAUGAGCAAAGCCAUCUUGUCUCUCAGAAGAUUUUGGAUCCAAUCUACUUUAUUGCAUUAGUUGAUACUGAAGCUGUGUGGUUCAAAAAAUGGAUGCAUGCAUAUUAUAGCAGAACUGCAGUACUAAGACUUCUUGAAAAGAAGUAUAAAUCUCUGAUAAGUGCAGCUGUUCAGCAGUGUGUUCAGUACUUGGAGUUAUGUGAAACCAUGAAGACUGAUGAGGUUUUGGGACCUUCCAGGCAUUGUGGGAACAAGAAGAAAGGUUUAUACUACACAGGAAAAGAACUACAAUAUAUAUAUUUCAUUCACUCACUGUGCUUUUUAGGAAGAUUACUGAUCUAUACUCAGGGCAGGAAACUAUUUCCUAUAAAGUUGAAAAAUAGAAAAGAUUCAGUAUCCCCUACAGGUCUGUUGGUUCUGUUUACCCGACUUAUCUAUUACUCACCAAACUGUCCAAAGAUGACAUCAGAAAAUUAUUCUCCUGCAAGUGUGGUGACUGAAGUUCUACGUAUACUUUGUGAUCAUAAAGAAUGUGCAGUUGAAUGCUUAUAUAACAGCACUGUCAUUGAUGCCCUUCUUCAGCCUAUUAGUAAUUUAAUGAAAGGAACUAAGUCAUCUCCAAAUUGCUCUGAAACAGCCUUAAUUCGUAUAGCUGAUAUUUUGACAAGAAUUGCAUCUGUGGAAGAGGGACUUAUCUUACUUCUUCAUAAUGAAAACAUGAGUUCUUUAGAUGGGAAAAGUCCUACAGGUGUCCAUAUAAUUGCCCAGUUCUCGAAGAAACUUCUUGAUGAAGAUAUUUCUAUUUUUUCUGGUUCUGAAAUGUUACCUAUGGUUAAAGGAGCCUUUAUUUCUGUGUGUCGCCAAAUAUACAGUACAUGUGAAGGCUUGCAGGUGUUAAUUCCUUAUGCCUUGCAUGAGUCUAUAGCAAGAGCAUGGAAAAAGACAAGUUUACUAUCAGAAAGAAUUCCUACUCCAGUGGAAGGUUCAGAUUCUGUGUCUUCAGUGAGUCAGGAAUCUCAAAACAUUAUGGCUUGGGAAGAGAAUUUGUUAGAUGAUUUACUAAAUUUUGCUGCUACUCCCAAAGGACUACUGCUUCUUCAAAGAACAGGUGCCAUCAAUGAAUGUGUGACAUUUAUGUUCAACCAAUAUGCAAAAAAAUUACAGAUCGAUAGGCAUAAAAAGUUUGGCUAUGGAAUUUUGGUUACACAAGUGGCAUCAACAUCAGCAGGGGCUGUAGCACUACAGAGCUCAGGGUUUAUCAAUGCACUUAUAUCUGAAUUAUGGGCUAAUCUGGAAUGUGGAAGAGAUGAUGUUAGAGUAACCCAUCCCAAAUCUACUCCAGUGGAUCCUAUCGACCGAAGUUGUCUAAAGUCGUUUUUAGCGCUGGUGAACUUGUUAUCUUAUUCUGCUGUUUAUGAGCUGGUAUGCAAUCAAGAUCUUCCUAACAAGACAGAAUAUUCUCUUCGUGAAGUUCCAACAUGCAUUAUUGAUAUUAUUGAUAGACUUAUAAUAUUGAAUUCAGAUGCCAAAAUUCAUUCUUUAUUCAACUAUGAACAAUCACACAUCUUUGGUCUAAGGUUGUUAAGUGUGAUCUGCUGUAAUCUUGACUCACUUCUCCUAUUGGAGGUUCAGUAUCAAGUAUCUGAAAUGCUACUAAAUGCUCAAGAAGAAAAUAUGAUAGAGACCUCUGAGAACCACAGGGAUUUUAUAAUUGAUGGACUAUCAAUAGAGAGAAAUCACAUUCUUGUUAGACUUAAUCUUAUUGGUGGGCCUAUGGAACGAAUUUUGCCUCCAAGGAUACUAGAAAAGGGUGAUGAUCCAUAUCCUUGGCCAAUAUUUUCAUCGUGUCCUUUACCAAAUUGCUAUUUGUCCAAAGGAACAAGAAAUGCUGAACUCAAACAAGACAGUGAUCUUGGAAAUUUUUUAUUGUACUCCAAAAUGUCUGAUAAACAAACUGAGUGGACAGAAAAUUGUCGAAAACAAUUUUGUGAACUGAUGAAGACCAAGCCCGAUAUAAUCAGUGGAAGUGUUUUAAUAGAAUUACUUGAAAAAUUUGUGCUUCAUCUAUCGGAAAGCCCAUGUGACUGCUACUUCCCCUCAGUAGAAUACUCAGCUAUUGAUGCAAAUGUGAAAAAUGAGACUCUUUCAUCUGUGCAGCAACUUGGAAUUAGAAUGACUGUCAGGUAUGGUAAAUUUCUCAACAUAUUAAAUGAUGGCGCAGAAAAUGAUCUUUCCUUGGUUUUAAAGCACUGUGAGAGAUUCUUGAAACAGCAACAAGUUCCUGUAAAAUCUUCUCUUCUUUGUCUUCAGGGGAGUUAUCCUGGCCAUGACUGGUUUGUGUCUUCUUUGUUCAUAAUAAUGUUGGGGGACAAAGAGAAAACAUUCAGAUUUCUUCAGCAGUUCUCCAGGCUUCUGACCUCUGCAUUUCUUUGGUUGCCAAGACUACAUAUUUCUAGAUACCUACCUACUGAUACUAUAAAAUCUGGCAUCCACCCUGUAUACUUUUGCAGCACUCAUUAUAUUGAAAUGCUACUAAAGGCAGAAGUGCCACUUGUGUUUUCAGCUUUUCACAUGUCUGGUUUUGCGCCAUCUCAGAUAUGUCUGCAGUGGAUAACUCAGUGUUUCUGGAAUUAUUUAGAUUGGAUAGAAAUCUGCCAUUAUAUUGCUACUUGUGUUCUCCUUGGCCCUGAUUAUCAAGUAUACAUCUGUAUAGCUAUAUUCAAACAUCUGCAACAGGACAUUCUACAGCACACCCAAACUCAGGACCUUCAGGUUUUCUUAAAAGAAGAAGCACUGCAUGGGUUUCGAGUGAGUGAUUACUUUGAAUUCAUGGAAAAUUUGGAGCAAAGCUACCGACCUGUACUAAUGAAAGACAUGAGGAACAUUAGAGUACAAAGUGUAUAGAUCAUAAAAUGCACAACUUGAUUUUAUGUUUUAUUUAUUUAUAAGAGAAACAAAGGAAUUUGAUUGUCCAUAAGGAACUUGUGUACAUGAGUUGUGAAUAUUCAUACUAUAAACCAAUGCUGAGGUUUUGGAUAUAUUCAAAUAAUUAUUAGCUCAAUUUGUAACAUAAAUUAAAUUCACUUUUAUAACCUCUUUUGUAAAAUUAUUUUAUGUCUUGUUUAUGCUUCCUUAUUGCCUCUUAUGUUUAAAUGUUUAAGAGAUAAUUCCAGGGGCUGGAGAGAUAGCACAGCGGGUAGGGCGUUUGCCUUGCACGCGGCCGACCCAGGUUCAAAUCCCAGCAUCCCAUAUGGUCCCCUGAGCAGCGCCAGGGGUAAUUCCUGAGUGCAGAGCCAGGAGUAACCCCUAUGCAUUGCCAGGUGUGACCCAAAAAGCAAAAAAAAAAAAAAAGAGAUAAUUCCAACCACUCUCUUUUUCACAAAAUGAUGAAGUAUUUUUUUUCUAGUAAGUCUGGAAAGAAGCAACACUAUUGUAAAUGAUUAUUUGAGAAGCCAGAAAAUCAGUAGAUGUGAAUUAAAGACAAUUUUGUUUUUAAAAAAUAUUUUAACUGUCUGAACAUAUCAAAUAAAAUAGAAAAAAAUCACAAACUUAACAUGUGAUUUUUAUCAUGGAAAUGGAUAAGAAAAUUUGCUCUCAGGCAAAAUUGUUUUUCUAGGAACAUCUUUUGAUACCUUCAUCAAUUUGUAAUUUUUUUAUAUAAAAUGUACUCUCUACCAUACAUGCUUCAUUUAAAAGAUAGUUUUUUAUUUUUUUUCAACAGAUAGAUUGGCCAUUUCAUACUGAUAAACAUUUAACGCAUUUAUUUUAUGUUUUCUUAUGAUAGUUUGAUUUGAACUGAAUUUGAAACCAUCAGAGAAUAGAGUUCUAAAUUAUUAAAUGACAGUCUGUUUUAAGUCGAGGUGAGCUCUGAAGACAAUAUAAUCUAGGGGAAUCUAUUUUACUAUAACAUAAUGGAUCCAUUUAAUAUGAGUUAUAUAAGGUAAAUGAUGUUUAUAGUUAUUGAUUUUUGCUCACCAAUUUUACCAAUUUUCAGAAAUUAUAAAUUGGGGUCAUUUUUUAGUAGCUAAAUCUAAACAUGAAAUCAUUCAGGCCAUUCACAAGCUUUUUUCCCUUUUGGUAAUAAAUGGCUUAAUUUUAAUCUCAUUUUCCUUUUAAUUUUCCUUUUGACAAUCAAACACUAUGAUACCGUUUUCAGUUUAGUGACAUUUUGGCUAUUAAAAUAUCAUCUUAUAAAAAUUGGGUUUUAUACUGUAAAUGCCUUCAAUAACUUCUCAGUAAGUUUAUUCCUCAUAGGCACUAAAAAAUUGAGAAAAGCAAAGAAAGCAAAUUAAUUUGACGUAUUGCUCACUUUAGGAUAAUAUGCAUUAAGUGAAAGAGUCCUGAGGCAACCCAAAGCACCAAAGCUUUGUCAAUAUUCAAAUUUAAUUUUGAAAAGAUUUUCCCCAGAACCUCUGAUGCAUUGCUUAUGGUUCUACUAUUUCUAUUAUUUUGAGUUAUUGUUUUGGUCCAAAGAAACUUGUAGCUUUAUUUUUUAAAAGCUCUUGUACUAUAACUGUACAUAAAAACAAAAGGAACUGUAAGUUACUUUUGUGUAUUUAUUGCUGAUUUUUAUUGGAUGCUAUAAAUCUAGAAAAGAAUAUUUGAAAAAUUGACUCGCAGAUACGAAAGAAGACUUGCCGUUCACAUUUGAAAAAUAAAACUAUCUUUUGAGCAAUGUUCUAGAAUUUUUUAUUUUUUCGUAACACGGGAAAUACAGUAAAUUGUAUAACUACCGUUGCUAUUAGUUUUCCAUCUAUUAUAUAGUGAUAGAAUAUUAUUGGUUCCCAGGGGCUGAAGAAGAUGGAGAGAAAUUAGGAAAUUGAUUAGGUGGAGGCAGAGAGAAUGACCAUCUCUUGCUUGUAGUAACAGCUCCAAUUUUUUUUAAGGUACUUUGAAACGUAUGCUUAAAUCUGUUGUGUGUAAAUUUAAUCUCUCACAUCUUAUCUAUCAAAAAAGUGAAAGUACUAUGAAGAGAAAUUAGUAAUUCCAUCACAGUGUCAGAGUUCUAACAACGGUUAUUUUAGGAGCAGGCUAUUUGUUGAUACCUUUAUCAAAUUUAGAAAUAUCCUUACUAUUUACAUUUUGAUGAGAAUUUUGAUUUUUAAUUUAUUUUAAACAUUUAUUAAUAUUGGGAUUUGCAGUACUGUCAAUCAGGGACCCUCCACUGCUGAUAGGAAUGUCAACUGAUCCAACCUUUCUGGAAGUCAAUAUGGACAUUUUUUUAAAAAAAGACUAGGACUUUAGCAUCAAUACAAACCAGCAAUUCCACUCCUGGGAAUACACCCCAAGUAUCCAAAAACAAAAUUCAGGAAAGACAUCUGCAGUCCUAUAUUCAUUGCAGCACUACUCACAAUAGCCAAAAUAUGGAAACAACCUAGAUGUCUAAGAACAGAUGACUAGGUAAAGAAACUACAGUACAUGUAUCCAGUGGAAUACUAUUUGGCUAUAAGAAAAGAUCAAGUCAUGCAAUUUUCUCCUAUGCGGAUGUAUCUAGAGAAUAUCAUCAGUUCUUUCUCAGAUGUGGGGUAUAAAGAAACUUUCUAAAACAAUAUCAAAUGUUCAGUGGAGGGUCAGAAGCUAUAGUUCAGUGGGUAGGGCAUUUAUCUUGCACACAGCUGACGCUGGUUCAAUUUUCAGCAUCCCAUAUGGUAUCCUGAGUAUUACCAGGAAUGAUUUCUAAGUGCAGAGUCAGGGAUAACCCCUGAGCUCACCAGGUAUAAUCCAAAAUAGCAAAAAAAGAGAAAAAAAGAACCUAAAAAUAUCGAAGACAGGAUGAACCUCACUCAAGAGCAGACCAGCAGCCAAACCCAGGUUCUUGGGAGCCAGUGACUGAGAUCUCCAAGCCAGCUUGGAUCGGGACUGGGCCUCCUCCUCCCAGGUCCCCAGUUAACCAGUGACUUGGCAGUCACACCCACAAACUGCCCUUGGCGCCAUGUAAUCUCAUCAAUGGCCAAGACCCCAGAGACUAUAAACUAAAGCUCCUGGAAGAGUGUUUGGCAGAAUUUCCAGAGAUUGUACGCUUGUAUUGUACCUCACUAACUUAUCAAAAGUAUCACACAUUUAUUUGGUUUCUAAUAUACUUGCUUGUAUUCUCUUAUAUUCAGGCUCCAGAAUGAAAUACAACAACCCUCACACACUUACCUCUUACUGUGGUGGGAAUGUUUUUGUGGUGGGAUUGGUGUUUGAACAUUAUCUGUAAUGAAUUAUUGUGAACUACUUUUAUGAAAAUAAAAUAUGUAUUUUAAAAAAUGUUCAGAGGAAAUAGAAACGAAGAGCAGGGAAAUUGGUCUUCAGUAGGAAGCUUGCUACAGGGAUGGGGUGUGAGGAGGAGGCAGAUAAAUUAGGGAAAGGAACACUUGCUACAUGCAAGGAAAAGCCGUGAUCCCUGUGUGUACUAUUGCUGCCCCACCCCCUGAUCUUAGUCUUGUUAGAAGCUUAUAAAUUUUAUUUCAAGGAAGUAUCUUAGUUUUGAUCAGUUUUCUGUUUUUCUGUUGUCUGGUCAUUUAUUUCUGCUUGUAAUUUUUCUGUCUUUUUAUUUUUUAUUUGCCCCUUUCCCUCCAAGGUUCCCAAGGUAUUUUAUUUAAGAAUCUUUCCUAAUACAACUGGUCUUUGGAUCUGUAACAUCAUCAUCAUCCCGUUGAUCGUCGAUUUUCUCGAGCAGUCUCAGUAACGUCUCUGUUCCUCCUACCCCUGAGAUUUUAGAAGCCUCUCUUUACUCCUUCCCAAUGAUGCCACAUUGGAGGCUCUUUCAGGGUCAGGGGAAUGAGACCCAUCAUUGUUACUGGUUUUGGCAUAUGAAUACACCACAGGGAGUUUGCCAGGCUCUCCCAUGCGGGCAGGAAACUCUCGGUAGCUUGCCAGGUUCUCCAAGAGGGAGAACUAGGCUAUAAGGGGUUGCGCAGCUGCAAAUGCCAUGCAAAUGCUGUCAUAGAUAUUCAAUUAAAAUUUUAAAAAAGGGGCUGGAGAGAUAGCACAGCGGGUAGGGCGUUUGCCUUGCACGCGGCCGACCCAGGUUCAAAUCCCAGCAUCCCAUAUGGUCCCCUGAGCACGGCCAGGGGUAAUUCCUGAGUGCAGAGCCAGGAGUAACCCCUGUGCAUCACCAGGUGUGACCCAAAAAGCAAAAAUAAAUAAAUAAAUAAA